AUGGAGCCAGAGGAUGCGAAAAGCUGGCAGGACAAAAAAUGCGUCGUUUUCAAUCUCCUGGUCGGCCUAAAUACGCGUGGCAAUUCCUCCCACCUGAGAUUCAGGAAGACAAGUGGUAACGAAUACGGCCAACGUCUUGACAUCUGGAUGCUUGGUCUGGCACUAGCACGUCAGUACUAUGGUUUUGGCAACCACAAAAAGAACAAUGCGCGUAAUAAGCAGGGCCACGAUAUUCUGGUGAGGGGUCUAAGAGAAGACCGAAGAUCGAUUAUCUCACCCAUGCUUGCUGACAUGCUUGCCUGGGACGCUUUACACCGGCCGUCAGCGCGACAGCUUCUGGCUCAUCCAGAGUUCGGUCUCUGCAAAGCACCAGCAUUUAAGGCAGGCUCAAAACGCGAAUUAUCAGGCCCUGCAAAGGCCGAGGUACUUGAGAAACAAUCAAAACGCGGCGGCGGAUGA